AUGUCAACUAAUAUUAAAGCUACCUCCGAUAUACAAUUGUUAGCUACCUAUGGUACUUUACGAGAUGAUGAUAAUUCAGGUGCUGCAUGGACGAACGAUUUUGUGAAAGAUAUUAGUGGUGUUGUGACAGGUAAACUCGUUGGAUAUCGACUUUUUGGUCAUUCUGUAAUCAAUUAUCCAUUUGCAAUCUAUACAGGGGAUUCAAACGAUUCGCUUGUUGUUCGUCUUUUAAGUUGGCCAUCGAAAGAACAAUUUGAAGAGAGAAUUCAAGCAGCUGAUAUAAUUGAAGGUGAUGAAUAUGAACGCAGAGCAGUAGAAGUAAUUGUUAAUGAUGAAAUUAAACACGCUUAUAUUUACAUAUCAAAAUUAGCAUCAUUAGAUAAUGAUUGGAAAUCUAUUCCAAGUGGUGAUUGGCUUCAACGACAUUUGAUAUAA